AUGUCAGCCAGAAAGGGCUAUCUGCUCUCUUCGCCAAAUUAUUCCACGGCAAUGGCAUGCUCGGAGAGCCCCGCUGCAAACUCUUUUUUGGUGGACUCCUUGAUCAGUUCAGCCUCAAGCAGAGGGGAAGGAGGAGGAGGAGGAGGAGGGGGGGGCGGAAUUGGAGGCGGCGGCGGCGGCUACUAUCCCAACAACAGUGGUGUCCUGCCACAGGCAUCCGAUCUGUCCUAUGGCUUGCAAAGCUACGGCCUUUUCCCAGUCCUGAGCAAACGCAAUGAAGGCCCUUCUCAAGGCAUGGUCCCUGCUUCUCAUGCCUACAUGUCAGGGAUGGAAGUCUGGCUAGAUCCCCCAAGGUCUUUCCGCCUGGAAGACCCCGAAAGCCCGCAGGCUACCUCCUGCUCUUUUGCUCCGAAUAUCAAAGAGGAGAGCUCCUACUGCCUCUAUGACUCCGACAAGGGCCCCAAGGAGGGGACGGCCACCGACUUGUCGCCUUUCCCAAGGUUGAGCACAGAGGUCUGCUCCAUGAGCAACGUGUCAGUCACCGGAGUGCCUGUCCCAGGCUACUUCCGCUUGUCUCAAGCCUACGGCACCACCAAGAGCAGCAACAGCAGCAGCAGCAGCAGCAGCAGCAGCAAUGGAAGCGGCUACGACAACAGCAACCAUCAUUACCAGCAGCAGCACCAUCCGGGGCAAAUGGUUGUUCCUUCCCAGUUCUCCCCGCAGCCUCAAGUGAGCUUUGAGACUCCGGCAGUCCCACCAUCAGAUCCGGGAAGAAAAGACAGCGAAGAUCCCUCCCCACCCAGCACCUUGGCCUGUGUCGUUGUCCAAAGUGGAGAGGAAGAAGGGCAGGGUUCCUCUUCGGCCGCAGAACUUUCCCCUGCUCCUUCAGACAGCAGCAAGCCCUCUCCAGAGAAGGAAACUCUAGGCAAUUCCAAAGGAGAGAAUGCAGCCAACUGGCUCACCGCAAAAAGUGGCAGGAAGAAACGGUGCCCUUAUACCAAGCACCAAACUCUCGAGCUGGAAAAGGAGUUUCUGUUCAAUAUGUACCUGACUCGUGAGCGUCGCCUAGAGAUCAGCCGCACAGUCCACCUAACAGACAGACAAGUCAAAAUCUGGUUUCAGAACCGCAGAAUGAAACUGAAGAAAAUGAACAGAGAAAAUAGAAUCCGAGAGCUCACAGCCAACUUUAAUUUCUCCUGAUGAACCUAGACACGUAUCUUUAUGGUUUAAACGGCUAGUACGAUUCUCUCCCUCACCCACCGACCUGUCU